UCCAAAACUCAACAUGGCGGCGUCCAUCAAACAACAACUUUUAGCUCUGGUCAAUACUGGGUGUGCUCCUAAAGAUUUAACAGAGAAGUAUCGUAAAAUUCUGGCUGAUGUUCUAAAGUUGAAGGAGAAUGAUCUGAGAGAGGGUCUCCAAUCAUUAAUUGAAGCCUUGGUGAAUGAAACUGUCAGUCUGGUCAUCUCAAGACAGUUAUUGACAGAGGUGUCCAACCAUCUUAGCACAUUGACAGAUGAAAUCUCCAAGAAAGUUUGCCAUUUUAUGAUUGAGAAGGUUCAACCUAGAGUGGUGUCUUUUGAAGAGCAGGUAGCCACAGUGAGGCAGCAUCUAUCUGGUAUAUUUGAGAGGGAACAGGCAUGGAGAGACGCGGCCAAUAUUCUUGUUGGUAUCCCUCUGGAGACUGGACAGAAGCAAUAUUCUGUGGAUUACAAGUUGGAAACCUAUUUGAAGAUUGCCCGCCUGUAUCUUGAAGAUGAUGACCCAGUGAAUGCUGAAGCAUACAUCAAAAGAGCUUCAUUAUUACAAGCUGAAUCCACUAAUGAACAACUUCAUAUUCAUUACAAGGUAUGUUAUGCUAGAGUUCUUGAUUAUAGACGGAAGUUCAUUGAGGCAGCCCAGCGGUAUAAUGAGCUAUCCUUCAAAACAAUCAUUGCAGAAGAAGAGAGAAUGCAAGCAUUGAAGCAUGCAUUGCAUUGUACCAUCCUGGCAUCAGCAGGUCAGCAGCGUUCUCGUAUGUUAGCUACCCUAUUCAAGGAUGAAAGAUGUCAGCAGCUGCCUUCUUAUGGCAUCUUAGAGAAGAUGUACCUAGAUCGCAUCAUAAGGAGCAAUCAAUUACAGGAAUUUGCUGCUCUCUUACAGCCUCACCAAAAAGCAACAACUGCAGAUGGUUCUAGUAUCCUUGACCGUGCUGUGAUUGAGCACAAUCUGCUAUCUGCAAGCAAGCUAUAUAAUAAUAUCACAUUUGAAGAGCUUGGAGCACUCCUUGAAAUACCUCCUGCUAAAGCAGAGAAGAUUGCAUCCCAGAUGAUUUCUGAAGGUCGAAUGAAUGGCAGCAUUGACCAGAUUGAUAGCAUCGUACAUUUUGAAUCUCGUGAGACACUACCGCAGUGGGACAAACAGAUACAGAAUCUCUGCCUUCAAGUCAACACUAUCAUUGAGAAGAUUAAUCAGCAUGCACCAGACUGGAUUGCUUGUAUCUCAGAGACUCAGAUGACAUGAUGUACCUGCUGUUAGCAACUAACUAGAUUACUAAACUAACUAGGUUUAAUAAGCACCAGACUGGAUUGCUUGUAUCUCAGAGACUCAGAUGACAUGAUAUACCUGCUGU